AUGCCAAUCUAUUCGUUUUGGAUAUACGAUAGACAUUGUAAUUGCAUAUUCAGUCGGGAAUAUGGAACAGGCUCUCAAGAUCCAUCCGGCAAUGUCCUGAAAUCAACCCCAAAAAGUAAGGGAUCGGCACAAUUUGCACCUAAUCCAAGCUAUGAAAACACGUCCUCUUUGCCAACCUCCUCUCAGUCCACACAAAACUCAUCUAUAUCAUCAGGAAGAGGACAAAGAUUACUCUCGUCUGCAUCAAAUAAUCACAAGGCCCAGGAACUCAUACAAAAGGGCACUGUCAACGCUCAGAAUAAUAAUAACACAUCGAAACUUCUAUUCGGUACACUUUUUUCCUUGAGAAAAAUAGCUGGGUCGGUAUGUACACCACAGACAGAGACACAUCAGGAGGAAGAAUUCAAUACAUCCAAUCUCAAUAGUUUCAACGCAUUACAAUCAUUCCGUACGCUUAAUUACAAAUGCCAUUACUACGAGACCAUGAAUGGAUUGAGAUUUGUUGUUGUGACGCAUCCUGCGGCUCGUAGCUUACAAUCAUCUUUGAUUGAGAUUUACCAUUCUAUAUAUUUGCCUACAGUUGUCAGGAAUCCACUGAUGCCGGUUAAUUAUCGAGAGGAUGAGGUUAUUUCUAACGAUCGUUUUGUCCGGGCAAUAGAUGAAUACUGGGCGUCACUUGAGGAAACUCUGACGUGA